GUUGUGGGUUCUGCGCGCAUGCGUGUUAGGGAGGGGGUGCUGCUGUGGAUCCUCGUGGCCUGGCUUUGUACCAGAAUUCCAAUGGCUCUUGUGAAUGGACGACUGGGGUUGUUCCUAACCCACUUUAGCAGAGCAGUCAACCAGCGACAUUUCAGCCUCACUGGAGCAUGUGGUGCAAUACAGAAGCUGACCCGUGUACGAGUGGUAGACAACAGUGCCUUGGGGAACACUCCGUACCACCGGCCACCCAAGUGCAUCCAUGUGUAUAACAAGACUGGAGUUGGUAAAGUAGGGGAUAAGAUUCUCUUGGCUAUCAAAGGAGAAAAGAAAAAGGCUUUAAUUGUAGGGCACAAGAUGCCUGGUCCUCGUAUGAGUCCUAGAUUUGAUUCCAACAACGUGGUGCUCAUCGAAGACAACGGAAACCCAACGGGGACUAGAAUAAAAAUCCCCAUUCCCUCUACCUUGCGGCAGCAAGGUGGAGAGUACUCCAAAGUGUUGGCCAUUGCCAGCAAUUUUGUGUGAACAGCAACCUCUCAGUCUGUCUUGCCAUACAACCUUUCAAGCUGUAACCAUUGUUUGCAUCUUUUCUAAGUUAAAAACUGUAUUGAAAAA